AUGGAAAGUGGAAUGAAAAUAGUUCGCGGAAUCGAAGGAACAAAACUAACGAUCGUUUGUACUGUCGAAAGUGGAAGACCAGCUACAACACUCGUUUUGAGUUUAAAGGAAUUUUCUGUCUUGAGAGAGGGAGAAGAUCGUAUAACGUAUUCCUUCAUUCCAACAAGAAAAGACAACAUGCAAUCAAUUGUAUGUUCCGCCAAAAGUACAUUACUAGACAAUCCAUUGUCACUUGAAGUACAGUUAGAUAUUCAGUAUUCACCAGUUGUGAAGAUAACAAGCAGACCAACAAAUAACAAAUUAGUACUGCUCUGCAAUCCGAGCGGGAACCCUGCAAGUUUUUCGUUUGGCGAUUGGGAACACUGGUCUGAAUUCAAAGAACAUAUUCGGAAUCUUAAAGGGACAUCUGAAGGUUCAUUAAUCUUACUUAAAUCAAACAAUAACACAGAGUUACAUGAACUUGAUGGGAUAUACAAAUGCAAAGCAUCGAACGGUAUUUACGAUACAACCGGACAAUUAUACCAGACAGGAACAGCACUUGUACACAAUAAAGUUCCGCCAAUAUUUGUGAAUGCAAAUAAGCCAAUUCAAAUUGGACGUUAUGGUCAGAAGAUGAAUAUAACAGUACUUUUAUACAACAAGUAUGACACAAUACAAACAGCAAUUUCAAAACUAAACAAGCCUUUGUAUACAAAAACUAACCAGGAAUCGAUUUGGACACAGGACAUUUUCCAUGAUGUAAACGUAACAGUAUCUGGUGUAAAGAUAACAUUCCAACUUACACUUGUUAAAACAGAAGAUUUUACAGAUUAUACAAUUAAAGCUUGCAAUAAAAUGGGAUGUAAUGAACUUUUGGUGAAGAUAAUAUCUGAAAAUAGUCCAGAGACUCCGACAAAUGUUUCAGUGAUUCCAUUUGAAAGACAUAUAGCAGUAUCGUGGUCUCCUGGAUAUAACGGGGGUUUCCAGCAGACUUUUUUCGUAGAAUAUCAAGCCGAAGACGAAGAUGUAUGGAGUCGUUCAGGACCUGUUUCCGCAAAUCGUGGAAGAUCGUGCACUUAUAUAAACAGGGGUAUGGCAUCGUCGGUGAAUAACUGUCCAGAUCCCAGUCAGAUUUGUGAACUAAACUAUAUCGACAUUACAUUCAACGAAGCCUCGACAAUGCGAGAUGAUUUUAUACAUGGACGUGUAGAUAGAACCAUUUAUUCUGAAAUAGAUAUAAUGGCAGCUCCCGUAGCGCCACUUUCCAGGAGCGAAAGUGAAUGUGAUGAGAGUGAUAUCUAG